CUUUCGGUCAGCGUGCACUUGCGCUACGGUAAAUUCGAUUUGAAUGAAUUAAAUGAAUCAACUAACAAAUAAAUAACGAAUGCAAAACACUUUGCGAGCCAAGCAAAAACCAAGUGUGUGAGUGAGUGCAAUAGCAAAGCAUCUAAAGAUCUGCGCGCGCAAUAUACAGCAAAUUAAAGAAGAAGGCAAACAACAACAAUCAAAAAAUCACAAAAAAAACACGGUUCAGAAGCAGAGGAAACCAAUUUCUAUAUACGAAAUCCAUCAUAAAACCACAAAAAUCUCCUCAAACAUCGCGUGUGUGUGCCUGUGCGAGUGUGUGUGCGUGUGUUUGCCAGCGAUCCGUCGGCCUUUUUUCCGUUUGUUUCUUUUCGCGUCUUAUAAGCCGAGCUAAACCGAUCCCCGAUUUCUUCUUCAUCUCGAGUUGUUCCUUUCGGUUUUCGGCUUUCGGUUUGUCGGCACGUAAUCCCUCUCUCUCUCCCCCUAAUCAACCUGCUGAUCCCACCGGAGGGUUAAAACACACACAUAUAUAAAUAUACACAUAUAUACCACAAGUACGCAGAGAGAGAGAGAACGGGCGAGAGAUAGUCAUCGGUGCUGCGAAGUCCAUCAAGAUUGUGCGCCUAAUUUGAGGCUGUAAUUAAUUUGGAUACCCUAAUAAAAAGGCAACCGAAAGACGGUCUUUAGAACAUCCAGCAUUCAGCAUCCAGAACCUAAAACCCAAAACCCACAACCAAAAAAAUCAAGAGCCCAGUAGCCCCCGCCUUCUUGUUCUCGAAGGGGCGCUAUUUUAUUGCCCCGCACCGAUGCCUGCGCAAUAUGGAAUUGGCGAUUUGUAAAACAGAUCUGUCUGCCACGAAAUUUAUGCUGCCACCCGCUUUGCCCACAUCAGCGACCAUUGGUUCAACAUCGGCGGUCGCCUCCACGGCAUCCCAUUUCCUGGGCAAGGCGACCCACGAGUUCAUCCAUCUGAACGCCAUCAACGGACACCUGUUCAAGUCGCCGGGCAGCAGUCAUCACAAUUCGCUCGGCAGUCCUCAGUCGAUCCUUAGCCAAUUGAACGGCAUUGGCAACAGCAGCAGCCAUUCGGGCCAAGUUAGCACCAUGAGGCUCAAGAAGAACCGCAAAGUCACCUUUCUGUCCAGUCUAGUUGAGUCGAAAAAUAUAUUCAUCAAGGAGGAGCCGAUCCAUGGAUGCAAGGAUCUGUGCAGUUUGUCGGAUAUUUCAGAUCAAGAGGCGUCAUUGGAAGUUCCCACCGCCUUGCCACCCCUCACGCCGGGCACCAAUCGCAAGGUCAACGAGGUACUGAAGGCCUCCUUCGCCUCCUGGGAAAAGGAGGUCCAAAAAUACAACAUAACCAAAGAUCCGCGUGAAUGGACGGAGGAGCAUGUCAUCUACUGGCUCAACUGGGCCAAAAAUGAGUUCUCGCUGGUCUCCAUGAACCUGGACCCCUUUUACAAGAUGAAGGGCCGUGACAUGGUCGAUCUGGGCAAGGAGAAGUUCCUGGCCAUCACGCCGGCCUUCACCGGCGACAUACUGUGGGAGCACUUGGACAUCCUGCAAAAAGAUUGCGAGAAACCAAAUGAGGACAUUGUCCAUGGCAAUUCCUUUGAGUCGGUCACCACGGCCUCGGUCUGUGGAUCGGACCACCAGGUGGCCAUUUACCCCACCGAGCCGCCCGCCAACAGCAACAACAGCAGCAUCAACAGCCGCCUGUCCAUGGAUUAUGUGACGUCGGCGGGGAACAGUGAUAACAAAAACUUCCACCGCGCCACGCCCCACUCCCACUCCCACAACGGCUACAACACCAGCAACACACACGACCGCAUCAACAGCAGCCCGCCCCCGCAGCAGCAGCAAUCGCAGCAGCCCACUGUCAAUGGCAGCGGCAGCGCCAGCAGCAACAACAACAACAACAAUAAUAACUCCAUGUUACCGCCCGCUGUCCAGCAGAGCAACAACGAAAACAACAACAACAACACCACCACCAGCAGCAACAACACAAACAGCAGCAGCAACAACAACAACAACAGCGGUGGCAGCAACAAUGCGAAUGCGGGCAGCAAUAACAACAAUAAUAACAAUAACAAUAUUAACUACAUGGCCACCAUGGCGGCGGCGGCGAUCUUCCAACAUCACCUCAAAGAGGAGCCCGGCACCCAGAAUGGUAAUCUUGGCGGCUAUGGCGGCAGUAAUAGCCAGAACGAUCCCACGGAUCUCAGUAGUUACGGUUUGCCCGCCCACCUGGCCGCCUAUGGUGGUGGCAGUGGCAGUGGGCCAACCGGCGGUAGGAGUUCGGGCGGCGGCGGUGGUGAUGAAAGUGAUUAUCACAGCACGAUCUCGGCGCAGGAUCACCAGAGUCAGCAAUCGAGCGGGGGAAAUGGCAGUGGUGGAGCCAGCGGUGGAAGCACCGGGAACAGCAACGGUUACAUGGACAGCAGCUCGGAGUUCUAUGGCACUUACGGCGGCAGGAGUCGAUUCCACGAUGCUUAUCCGCCGGAAUUUACGCCCUAUGAUGCCCAACCCUUUCAGUCGAUGGGUCCCCAGCCCACGGCCAUGGAUCAGUGGGGAGCAGCACAUGCCCACCAGCAUCCGGCAGCGUAUAUGAGCACCUUGGGCCUGGAUAAGGGCCUGCUGGGCGGCUAUACGACGCAGGGCGGUGUGCCGUGCUUCACGGGUUCGGGUCCCAUUCAACUGUGGCAAUUCCUGCUGGAGUUGCUGCUGGACAAGACGUGCCAGAGCUUUAUCUCGUGGACCGGCGAUGGCUGGGAGUUCAAGCUAACCGAUCCCGAUGAGGUGGCUCGUCGUUGGGGCAUACGUAAAAACAAACCCAAGAUGAACUACGAGAAGCUGAGUCGCGGACUGCGCUACUAUUACGACAAAAACAUCAUCCACAAGACGGCUGGCAAACGAUAUGUCUACCGCUUUGUCUGUGAUCUCCAGAAUCUAGUUGGACACACACCCGAGGAGCUGGUGGCCAAGUAUGAUCUUAAGAUUGAGAAAAAAGAUGUGGAUUAGCAGCGGAGCAGCGGAGAAGCUGCCUAAAAAGGGGAACAGUUCCAGGAGAACUGUGCUCCCAGCCACGGAUUGUACUCAACCAACCGCAAAAUACUUUCGAGCGUUAUUGUUUACCAAGCGUGAUGUUAGCUUUUAAGCAGCGACCCCCGAUCUGCGAUCUUGCAACGAGAUUAAAGUGUUGGCCAACCCAAGUCCCCCCUCCAAAAAGUCCUAACUCCCCACACAAAAAGAAAAACCCCCCACCCACCAACCUGUCAAACCGAUUUGCUUGUAAUUAUACCGUGUAAAAAUUAGACUUUUAAAUUAAUUUGAAAUUAAUUUAAAAUACAUCAGAUUUAGUUGUAAGCCGAUCUAUAGCAAGAGAACCAGUUGAAGAUAAACCGAAUUAAAUUUGAAAUUCUGUGUGCAAUGCGAUGAUGUUUCUUCGUUCUCACAUAGUCUGUAUGUAGAUGAUGUCAGCUGCAAAGGAUCGAACGUUUAUAGAGGCCAUAAAGCAUGUGUCCCAAAAGUGAUAUUAGAGCGCAACAUUUUGUUAUACUUACAUAAUCAUUUUACCCGCACGGGGCACCCCAGAAACAUUUCAAAAUCAUGCAUGUAUAUAUAGCGAUGACGAUGUGUAUGGCAUAUAAGUAGGUCUCUAGUAUUUAUGUGUAUGUCUAACCUGUAAUGUGUAAUCUGUGCUACUGGUACAACUAAGUUUUCCACUUCACGAGCCCCUCUAUUUUUUUUCUCUGUACUUCUGUGCGCUUCCGUGCGAUCCCAAAAGUUUUAAACGUAAAUCGGCACAACAGUUUAUCAUGCUUCGUGUAUAUGAUGAAACAUUGUUAUCGUCUGCUAUCUGUAUACUUAUAGGCUAUUCCUAGAUACGUAGGAUCCAUAGUGUUUCCCUAGUGCGUUAAUUCAGACAGUUCAAGAAGUGUUUAUUACCUAGUAUGUGUGUGUAUAGCUAUUAACUACUUAAGUUUAGCUCGUAGAUGCAUAGCCACGUAUUACAACCAUAAACAUAACGUUAUAUUGAUUACAUAGAUACACAUACAUUUGUAGAGCAAUUUUAAAAUAUUGUAUUUAUACAAGCGUACAUCGUAAUAUUAAAGCUAUCAUUAACAUUGCUAAGAUAAAACCAACAAUAAAAGAAAACCAA